AGUGUGCAUGAGCUAAUUUAACCAUGGAUCCAAGAAUCUCCUUCUCCAAUGAUUUUGUUGUUAGCCAACAACAAGCAACCAAACAUGAAAACAUAUACAGAGAAGCUCCUAUCUCCUCGGAUUUCGAAUUCUCAGUCAAAAACUAUUCCAUGAUAUCAGCAGAUCAAGUCUUUUUUAAGGGCAUGUUGUUGCCUAUGGGUAAUGAAUGCUCCAAGAAGGUGACUUUAAGAGAUGAGCUACUUAAUGAUGAUGAUUCACCGAAAUGGUCAAAGAGUUUAAGCCGGUGGAAGGAACGAUUAGGCCUAAAGAGAGGCUCGUCUAAGAAAGAUAAGAAUAAGAAUGAUCAUGAUCAUGGUUUUCUGCAAAGAUCUGUAGUUAACCAAAAAGUGUCUGGUUUUGGACAAGGGGAAACAACUGUUAACAAAGACAAUAUGGAAUUGUUGUAUGAAGGAGGUGUAAGUUUCAAAGGUAAGUGAAAUCAAGAAGAACAACAUCGUUUGUCUACUAGAAUUUUAGCUGACUUACUAUUGAGCAAGUUAAAUUUAACCAAUGUAUUAGAAAGAAGUAUUAUUAUCUUUGUACAAAAAAUUGUAGUUGAUUAUGUGAUGCAUCAAGUAGUGGUGGCUUUUGUUUAGAGAUAGAGUGACUAUAGCUAGUUGUUAAUUGUUUCUGCAGGUUGUGAAAGUAUCUCCAUCUUGUUCUUCUAAUUAAGAAAGUUGAUUAUCAUUA